UCCUUGCUUUGGCUUGCCUGAGUAGGAACCCGAACCCGUGGCCGGGCCAGCGCCGCCGCCACUGCCACCUCUGCCUUCGCUUUCUCGAAGCCCUCAGCCACCUCUUGGCUCCGGGCGACGCAGCCCGUGGCCAGCCCCAGUUGUCUAGAAGGUACCGUACACCGGCGGGCUGUGGUCCCCGGGCCCCCCGAGCGGCCUCCUAGCGGGGCUAAACCCCGCUAGAGCGCCUCUCAUGGCUAUGAUGCGGCCCUUCCCAGCACUGCCGCUGCUCAUCAACCUGGGUGGCUCGCUGCUGGGCUUCGUGGCCACGCUCACGCUCAUCCCGGCCUUCCGUGGCCACUUCAUCACAGCUCGCCUCUGCGGCCUGGACCUCAACAAGACCAGCCGCCAGCCCAUCCCCGAGUCCCAGGGUGUCAUCAGUGGCGCAGUCUUCCUCAUCAUCCUCUUCUGCUUCAUCCCUGUCCCCUUCCUAAACUGCUUUGUGGAGGACCAGUGUAAGGCCUUCCCCUACCAGGAGUUUGUGGCCCUGAUAGGUGCCUUGCUUGCUAUCUGCUGCAUGAUCUUUCUGGGCUUUGCGGAUGAUGUGCUGAAUCUUCGAUGGCGCCACAAGUUACUGCUGCCCACGGCUGCCUCUCUACCUCUGCUCAUGGUCUAUUUCACCAACUUCGGCAAUACAACAAUCGUGGUGCCAAAGCCUUUCCGUUCCAUGCUGGGGUUGCAUCUGGACCUUGGCAUACUGUAUUAUGUCUACAUGGGCCUGCUGGCUGUGUUCUGCACCAAUGCUAUCAACAUCUUGGCAGGAAUCAAUGGGCUGGAGGCUGGACAAUCUCUUGUCAUUUCUGCCUCCAUUAUUAUCUUCAAUCUAGUAGAGCUUGAAGGUGAUUAUCAAGAUGACCACGUCUUUUCUCUCUACUUUAUGAUUCCAUUCUUCUUCACCACUUUGGGACUGCUGUAUCAUAACUGGUACCCAUCCCAGGUGUUUGUGGGCGACACUUUCUGCUACUUUGCAGGCAUGACCUUUGCUGUGGUAGGCAUCCUGGGGCACUUCAGCAAGACAAUGUUACUCUUCUUCAUGCCUCAGGUGUUCAACUUCCUCUACUCCCUUCCACAACUUCUACAUAUCAUCCCUUGUCCACGACACCGUGUGCCCAGGCUCAACACCAAGACAGGGAAGCUGGAGAUGAGCUAUUCCAAGUUCAAGGCCAAGAACCUUUCUCUCUUGGGCACCCUAAUUUUGAAGGGUGCAGAAGCCCUCCGACUGGUGGCUGUUCGUCGAGGUGAAAAUGAGGCUGGUGCCUACAUUGAGUGUAACAACAUGACCCUCAUUAACUUGCUCAUCAAGAUCUUGGGACCCACUCAUGAAAGAAAUCUCACUUUGUUGCUUCUGCUCCUGCAGAUUCUGGCUAGUGCUAUUACUUUUUCCAUCCGUUACCAGUUAGUUCGGCUCUUCUAUGAUAUUUGAGUUCUUCACCAUGACCUUAACCCAUAAUCCCCUGUGCCCGGCUCAUGCGGAACCCUCUCUGGACCAAGACUGUAUUCUCCAUAAGCCUAUGGGCUUCCCCACAUCCUUUGCUCUUUUCAGGAGGUAUCCUACCCAUCCCACACCUCAAUGAUUAUUUAUUGAUUGUAUUUCCCUAUGAACUUCCCUAAAUUGGCAUUAUCUUCCUCUUCCUUCCUUUCCUGAAGCCUCCUUUGGGGCAGGAGGUAGCAGCUUCUUGGAAGCUGUAUUGCAACUAGGGAUCAGGCCAAGUUCCUGGGUCCUGGGAAACAGGCCUAAGUAAGAGUUGUGGGGAGCCAUUAAGUUCCAACCGGAAUUGAUGUGUUAUUGAGAAUUAAGCAUUUUGAUUAAUAAGGAGCAGCCUGGGUGGUCAAUUGCUCCUUCGGUGAUAAUAAAUGUGUUUGGUUCGUUUUUUUUAA